GAGGAAGAAUGGGGCAAAGCGGUAACGGCUGCCGAGCAACUAAAAGCAUACUUUAGGCGAUUUAACGGAAAAGCGGAGGGACGCCUGGUAGUUGUCCGCAACGACGGGACAUGCGUGGAACCUCAGCACUGCCGGGAAUGGAGAAUUGAAGUGUCUAAUGUGGCUCAGAGGCUCGCUGCUGCCGACCAGAGGGAAGAGGAGAGCCCGUGUCGGCGAGGGAGAUUCGGGGUUAGGAGAGUCGAGCGACGGCCGGGUGGCUGGUUCUCCCCGCACGGAGCUAUAAGCGCUCACCUGGAAGGAUAUUACCGAGAAACCUGAAGGGGAAAAAGUGUCUCCACAUCGCCUCAGACACACCGUGUGUGUGGGGGGUGACACAUCUCACUCGGACGGGAGCAGUUGAAUGUGAAAGCAGGCGGGCAGAAUGUUCCAGCUCCCCGUCAAUAACUUGGGCAGUCUGCGGAAAGCUAGGAAAAAUGUCAAGAAGGUCCUGGGAGACAUCGGCCUGGAGUUCUGUAGAGAUCACUUAGAGGACUAUAAAGACUAUACUCCGCCAGAGGUGUAUAUAAAGCACACUACCUGGGAUGAUGUGUGCAUGUGGGAACCAUCACAUACCAAAGUCCAGGACUACAGAUCGAAACCUUUCUGCUGCUCCGGCUGCCUCUUCUCAUCCAAGUACUUCUCUGCAUACAAGAGCCACUUCCGCAAUGUCCACAGUGAGGACUUUGAGAACAACAUUCUGCUCAACUGCCCCUACUGCACUUACAAUGGUAAUAAAAAGACCUUGGAGACGCACAUCAAACUUUUCCACAUGCCCAACAGCACUGUGCGGCAGGGGCCAGGUGGCAUGGUGGCGGGUGGCGGCGGGAUCAUGAUUAAGGACGGGGUGCUGAAAAGGACCGGGGACAGUGUGGAACAGGCUGUGUACUACUGUAAGAAAUGCACCUACAGGGACCCUUUGUACAAUGUGGUGCGAAAGCACAUCUACCGGGAACAUUUCCAGCAAGUGGCCCAGCCCUAUAUUGUGAAACCAGGAGAGAAGACUAAUACUCAGAACGGUGGCACAGCAGGAGCCACCGGGAAUACAGAGGGUAGUAACACAAACAAUGUAAACAGUAACCAGAUCCACUGCAAGAAGUGUCUUUUUGUUCCGAGGACCUACGAGGCACUUGUUCAACACGUCAUCGAGGACCACGAGAGGAUCGGCUACCAGGUGACUGCCAUGAUUGGACAUACCAGUGUGAUAGUGCCCCGUCCCAAACCCAUCAUCAUGAUCCCCCCGAAAACCCAAGGAGACAAAACCAUCAUCGGAAUGGGUCCCAAAGGUGCAGUCAUGGCAACAACCAGGUCUCCCGGCUCACAGCUGGGGCGAGUUGUCAUGGCGUCAAAGACAGGUUUCAACUCUCAAAGUCUUCUAUCUGGACUGAAACAUGACGGGAUAGGGUUAAAGGCCGGGACCCAGUCUUUCUCUAUCGGUGGCCAGCAGGUAAGGGUCACUUUACCAGGGAACGCCCAGGUGUCAGUGCCCCAACAGUCACACGCAGCAAAGCAGCUUAUUUCUGGUGGCAGCUUGCGGGGUCCAGUCGUUGUCGGUGCUUCUUCCUCACUCAAAUCCAACCCCCUGGGUUCUCGGGUCCAGGCGGCAGCCACUACUGUAGCCUCCGUCACAGCCAAGAAAGGCGGCUCAUCAGUCCUCGGCACAUCCUACACCCAGAAGUGGAAAAUCUGCACCAUCUGCAACGAGCUCUUCCCGGAGAACGUGUACAGUUCUCAUUUCGAGAAGGAGCACAAAGCAGAGAAGGUGCCUGCUGUGGCCAACUACAUCAUGAAGAUCCACAACUUCACCAGUAAAUGUCUCUACUGCAACCGCUAUCUCCCCAGCGACACGUUAUUAAAUCACAUGCUGAUCCAUGGCCUGUCUUGCCCACACUGCCGCGCCACCUUCAAUGACGUGGAGAAGAUGGUGGCCCACAUGCGGCUGUCGCACCCAGACGAGAGCGUCGGCCCACGCACGGACUCUCCGUUGACAUUCGACCUCACUUUACAGCAGGGCAACCCCAAGAACGUUCAGUUGAUCGUCACUACCUACAACAUGAGAGACGCCCCAGAGGAGUCGGUGGCAUUUCAUGCCCAAAACAACAACACCUCUGUUUCAUCAGCCCUAUCCGCCUCAUUAUUAUCAAGCAAGAGGUUAAUGCCUCCGCACCCGCCCAAAACACCAUCAGGGGCUGCUGAGAGUGCCCCAACCAAGAGUGCCCCACAGGCAUCUGUGCCCUAUAAGAGGGACGUUGGUAAGACACUGUGUCCUCUUUGCUUCUCUAUCCUCAAAGGUCCGAUCUCAGACUCACUGUCCCACCACCUGAGAGAGAGGCACCAGGUGAUUCAGACAGUCCACCCUGUAGAGAAGAAACUCACCUACAAGUGUAUACACUGCUUGGGGGUUUAUACCAGUAACAUGACUGCCUCCACCAUCACUCUACACCUGGUUCACUGCAGAGGUGUAGGGAAGACCCAGAACGGGCAGGACAGCAAGGCAGCCCAUUCCUCUCGAGUCAGCCAGGUCCAAAGUAGUGCUCUAAAACGGCCAAGCUUUGAUAGCUCUGACACUAGUGCGCCAAAACGAAGGAGGCCAGGACCCCCAGGGGAAAGAGCCCACCCACGGGAUAGCAAUGGUCCGUCUGCGUUUGUAGAAAACCCAGAUGAACCUGUAGUUCUGGCUCUUGACCCCAAAGGACAUGAAAACGAGUCGUAUGAGUCAAGGAAGGCUUUUCUAACUCAGUAUUUCAAUCGAGCGCCGUAUCCCACACAGCGGGAGGUGGAGAAGCUAGCAGCCAGUCUCUGGCUGUGGAAGUCAGACAUCGCCAGCCACUUUGUCAACAGAAGGAGGAAAUGCGUACAGGAAUGCAGAACCCAGAACGCCAGCGUGCUGCUUGGGUUCAGCAUGCACGAGGUCAGCAAAGUUAGUCAUGAGCUGGCAUUUGUCCAGGACGCCGUGUUUGAGGUUAGUGAUAACAAAAGGCGGACAUCUAGGACAUGUAUUGGGGUGUCUGAACAAGCUCGCCGGAGACACAGGGAAUCUGUAGCUGCUAAUGGUGGUGUGGCGCCACCACCAAAGGGAAAACCAGCCAGAACUGUGGAAGGUUCUAAAGCAACGUCGUCUGGCCCCAAAGCCAACAGUGCCAGCAAAGACCAAACCAAGACAAUCAACAGGACCUGCCAACAGAAAAUGCCUCUAGACCUCUCUGAGCCCAUCGCCAUCGACUCUGACAGUGACGAGGAAGAGCAGCAGAAGCAUAGAAAAGAACAAGAGGGACAACUACAUCUCCAUGGUAACGAACAGCUUACCGGAGCUAAGGAGAGAAUGGAGCCAAGGACGAGGGCCAAGAUUGUUUCAGAUCUAGAUGAUAUGUCAGACGAGGACGAUGAGGACGACGAAGACGAUGACGAUGAGGAUGAUGACGAAGAAGAGGAACAUGUAGAGAAUGGCUUCGGUCCCAAAGACGGCUCGGAAAGACAGGCUGCUAAAGGAAGAGACGCUCUACCUAUCAUUAUUCCCAAGUUUGUACCUUCAUCUGCGAGAAGCGGGAGAGACGGAGCGCAGCUGGGCAAACAACAGGUCUGACUGAUUAAAUCAAAAAGACUCCCAACAGUCAGAGAGACAACUUUUUAGAUUUGAUCCACACCAACAAAUCUGCCUCGCCUGAACUGAAGGACACUGCCCUGCUCUGUUCGGCAUGUGAAAGAGAGAGAGAGAGCGAGAGAGAGAGAGAUAAGGAGAUGAAGUCUCCUUGAGUAAAAACUCCCAAACAAGCCAUCCAGUGACAUUUUAAAGGCAGGACUCAACGAGCAGCUAGGACUGAUGUAAAGAUCGGUGAACAAAGUUUAACCUUUUCCUCCCUGAGUGAAAGGGAGCGCAAACAAACAGAAAAAGUUUUGUUUUUUUGGCCUUCUGUAUACUUUACUACAUUGAGAUAAGGAGUGAUUAAUGUUCCGUUAGCCACUGGACUUGUUAAACGUGGCUUAAAAUAUUGAGUUGUUGUAUGGUGAAGCUUUUAAUCUGACCAGAUAAUCCACCAUUUUUUCAUGUAGUCAAACUGAGAAUAGGUAGUGUAAAUUUGUACAGUCUUUUAGACAUGUUUGGACAAACGUUGCCGUACAUGUACCCUUAAAUAUUUGCUAUUACCUGUGUGUAAGGUAGCCUCAUACGUUCUACAUUGGUAUGCUUAACGAUAGGUGUCGCUUUGGUGGCUGGUAUUUUCUUGUAUGUUUAAGUUUAUUUUUUAACAAAAACCUAGUUUUUUUGGCAAAAUAAUAUAUCUAUAUAUAAAUAAAAUAACAAAUUGAUUUGUUUUUGCUGUUAACUUGAUUAGAUUUUAUUUUUUUAUUUGUAUCCUUUUCAUUUUUAGUUGGACCCCCCCCUUGAAAGAAUAGUGGCACUGAGCUGUUAUCAUUCUUUUACAGUAUAAAGGAGUAUUUCAUCCACUUUUUGCAGCCCUGUGCUCAUGAUCCUUGACUGUACUGUAACUGCUCUCCAUUUUUCACAAUUUUAACUUGAUGUUUCUUUGACCCACAAGACUGGACAGUAACUACCUUACUGACAUCCACAAAAGUGAAAGCUUUUUUUUUUUUCUUUUUUUUAAGAGUUAUGUUUAAUCUUCUUUUUUUUUUUUUUGAAUUGUGUGUAUUUGUUUCAUGUUUUCAUUUUUCACUUAAGCAUUUAUGAACAAUAAAGUGCUGUAAUUGUGCUUCUCACAGAAAUGAUAUGUCAGUUUUGUUGUUUACAGAAAGGGAAAGAAGUCUGUUUCACAGCAUACAUUUUGACUUUUCAUAGUAGGAAAAGCACAAGUGUCACAAUGGCUCCGUUCUGUUCAAG